UGGUAACCGCUGCAUAGCAACAGGUUGCCCUAGGAGACGGGACGCGACCAGGCAGCGCUGAACCGAAUUAAGGGCAGCGAAUCAGUGUUAUGGUACCGGGCGGCGGGGCUCGCUAAGGCUCGGUCAGCAUGUCGGACAUUAUCUGCCAGUGGCUUAAUGAGGACCUCAAACUCUCCAAGCGUGUGGAACCAAAGUAUUUAGCAAAGGAGUUUUCCAGUGGAUAUCUCAUUGGGGAAGUUCUGAACAAAUUUCAGCUACAAGAGGACUUUGAUCAGUUUUCUCAAACUAGAGUGGCCAACGGCAAGCUAAAUAACUUUACCCGCAUUGAACCAACGCUCCAGCUUUUGGGUGUUCCUUUUGACCAGAAUGUGGCUCAUAGUAUUAUGUCAGAACAGCACGGAGUGGCUACCCGGCUUCUGUAUCAGUUGUUCAUAGCAUUGCAGAAGAAAAAGAAGGCAGGAUUGACAGGAGUAGCCAUGGAGACAUUGAGACCAGCUGCUCCAGCAAAGCUUCAGAGCAUUGGAACUGAGAUGUACAGAGAGCGUUUGAAAACCAUAAUCCCCCGCCAAAGUGAAAUCAGCCUGCAGAGGGUGUCAGAACAAUUUGACCUGAAAGCAAAAGAAAUCGAAGACAAAGUUGCACAGAUUCAAAAUGAUGAACUUCGGAAAAUACAGAAAAUACAAGAAGAGCUAAGAAUUCAGGAUAUUGAAAAGCUGCGACGAGCUAGAAGGAGACAAACCGAAAUAAUGGCACGAAUUCAAGCAGCAAUUGUUCAGAUUCCAAAACCACCUCAAAACCGCACAUUGAAGGCCAUCGAAGCACAAAAGAUGCUGAAAAAGAAGAAAGAAGCUGAGGAAGUUUAUACAGAAAUCACAAAGUUUGAAAAAGGAGUGAAAGAUGGAUCUGUUGGAAGCUUGUCUGCUAAUACCAGGGGCCCAACACUCCAGAGAUUAAGGUCAUCAGUUAACAUUGGCACUGCUUUGCUAAAACUGGAUACUAAUGAUGAUUACGUAAGGAAAAUUCAGAAGCGAUUAGAGGAGGAUUCUGUAGCACGUGAGCAGCGCGAAAAGAGACGUCGGCGGAUUCUUAUGGAACAGCUUGUGGGUCAUGGGGCACAAGAGGAAGCUUUCCGGGAGGAACAACUGAUAAACCGAUUAAUGAGACAGUCCCAGCAAGAGCGGAGAAUUGCAGUUCAGCUUAUGCACGCGCGCCAUGAAAAGGAAGUUAUGCAACAGAACCGAAUGUUCCGGGAGAAGCAAUAUCAGGAGAGGCGCGAGAGGGAGUUCCAAGAAGCUCUUGACAGAGAAGCGGCGUUGCAGAAACAAGCGAUGCUCGACCACAAAGAAGAAAUACGCAAAGUGCAGGAGCUCCAUGACCAGAUAGCAGCGGAGCGUGCAGAGGCUCGCUAUAAAAAGCACUAUAACCUGUGCCAGGAAAUCAUGAAUCAGAUUUUAGACUUUGUUAUUAAAACAGGGGAAUACAGAGAGCUAACAAACAGACUUAUACCUGUUAAAUUGAUGCGGGAGUGGAAAGAACUAUUCUUCGCUGGUUACCCGCUUUACGACAAAGCACCUAUAGAUGCCCUCCCUUCCGACCCAACUGCAGAGCAGCUGCAAGAAACAGAAAAGCAGAGUCUGUUAGAUGAGAAGGAUUAUGAAGAAUACAAGACCAUGACAGGGGAAUGGGGCCCACCCGAAGCCAGCAGUGUUAAAGCACCUGCACCGAACAACAACAUAUUGGGCUAUGUGGUUCAUAGACUGUUGGAAAUUGUCAGCCCCCCAUUGGCACCCACACCGCCACCUGUGUUUCCCCCCUUCCCCAUCAAGGGUUGUGUUCUUGGGAAGAUUUACUCUGGGAAGAGCACGUGCCUGAAACAUCUGGCACAGGUGUAUAGCAUCCAAGUUCUCUCUGUGGACACCCUUCUGGAGGAAGCUAUUCAAGCAUUUAAUGACGGGGAACUGGAAAAGACCGAGGAUGUUCUGAGGCCCAUACAAGAAGGAGCAGAUAAAGAGAACAAGGUACCCAUAGACAGUCCUGCUCCUGUUACUAAUGGCGAAGAGAUACCUGUUGUGGGAAGUGGCAGCAAGCCUGCAUCUGCAGAAGCCCGUGAAUCAGAUAAAGAGUUAUCUCUACAUCAAAUAUUAAAGCCUGCAAUAGAAGAUACUGUGCCAAAGCUCUCUGCACGGGCACAGCUUGGUGGACUGGCAGAGACACAUUUAAAGAGUGGGAAGAGUGUCCCAGAUGAGCUGCUUAUCAGUAUACUUGUUGAAGCCAUCAAUCGCAUCCCAGCUAACACAGGGUGGAUCAUGGAGGGAUUCCCUAUGACGGAAACUCAGGCCACAUUAUUUGAAAAGGCUCUCACUGGCUCACACACUGAUUUGAAUGGAAUAAAGGGGAAUAAUAACAAGUUUGCCUCUUUAGUAACAGAUCCAGCAGCACCAAAGGAUCUCCCUGUGGCUCCAUCUGCUCUUGACUUUGCUGUGUUAAUAGAAAUAUCAGACAAUGAAGUGUUACAGCGCAUGUCUACAAUAAUCAGUGAAAUAGAUAAAUCUGGAGAGAAAAUUGAUAGUCCUCCCUGUAUUCAAACUACGAGAAUGGAAGCAGAUCAAACAAUGGACCAGAUACAGCACAGAAUUACAGGAUUUCUUGACCACUGGAAGAAUUUAGAAAUGUGGUUUUCAGAGCAGCAGAAUAUUCUAAUCAAAGUUAAUGGGGAAGUGGAAGUUGGCGUUCUGUGCAAGAGAAUAGAAGAAGUAUACUUGACAGCUCUCGUCAAUAAGCAAAACCGAGGCAAAAAAAACGAAAAGAAAGAAGAUCUCCCACCACCAGAAGUAGCCGCACCAACACCGCCACCGCCAUCUCCUCCUCCAGCUCCAGAAGCCACUAACAAUUUACGACCUCCAUCAGCUUCAAGCAAGGAAUCAGCAAAAAAAAGCAGGAAAGGCUCCAAAUCUCCAAGAGAAUCUCGAAAACGGUCUGACACCUCGAAGGACAAGAAGGACAAGAAACCAGAGACACCUAAAGGAAAAGACUCUCGAAAAUCUGGUUCACCACGUGGAAGGUCUCCUGGAAAGAAGGCUAAGUCUGUACCUGCCAGCCCUGAACCAGUCGCUGUCACUCCUGUUGGACCACCACCCAUCCAGCCUGGAUCCCCUGAAUGGGUGUACGUAAAUGAGCCACUUCCGAAAGAAAUCCCAGCAUUCCUUGUACCAUAUUGGAAGACUAUAGAAAAUGUCUAUGGAAUGACCAUCAAAACUGUGCUGAGGAAUCUGAGGCAGGAACGACUAACUGUGAUUCACUAUUUAUAUGAUAUCAGGGUUCAUUUGAAGGAUUACUUGAAGCGGCCGGAUCACAAGCAGGAAUUCGUGUCUCAGUGGCAGUCGGACUUUAAUUCUACCGCAGACGACUUGUGGGAGGACGAGGAAACAAAAGCAGAGCUUCAUCAAAGAGCUGAUGAUCUCCGGGACCGUCUGUGGGACAUAUGUGACAACAGGAAGGAGGAGGCAGAACAAGAGCGCACAGACAUUAUGAAUGAUGGGUGGCUACAGGAUCACACCGGGAUACUUAUUAACCACUUUUUCUCACUGAUGCAGGCGGAAGUUGAUCGCUUCCAAGACACCACAAGACUUCUCAGUGAUUACUACCAAGGAAUGGAGGGACAAGCCCCAUCUGAGGCCAGCCAUACCUUUUCCCGUAUCCCACUGCUGGACAUUGCUAACUCAAGCACGCAGGGGGAUUCUGAGAACCCUAAAAGAAUUCCUCUUAUACCCCGAAGAGCCCAGUCACCUGAACAGAACACAGGCAAACAGAAAGCCAAAAGUCAAGCCAAGGCAAAGGAGGAGCCCCCCACAGACCACCUUGGGCAGAUCUCCGAGGCUGAUGAAAAACUUAUCACUGACACCUGGCAAACUGCUGUUUCAGCCAUUGCAAACAUGGUGUCGAAUGAAAAACAGUCCAAAGAAGCAGAAGAGGAAAAAGAAAGGCAACUGAUGGAAAUGAAGGAAAAAGAGAGAGCGAAAGCUUCACAAGCUGCAUCUCGGGCUAGUGGCAAAGGAGGGAAAAAGAAAGCGCCGCCAAAGUCGCCAAACAGGAAAAAAGAAGCAAAGUCCCCAGGCCCUGCAGACCCCACACCUUCUCUUCAGACCCUAGAAGACAGUACUGAGUUGCAAAAGAAGCAGGAGCUAAAGAUGAAGUUGAAGCAGGAGCAUAUUGCUGCUUUAGAGUAUGAAGAGAUGGCUGCUAACUUACGGCUGGAAGUUAUUAAAACAAAAGCCUUAGAAGUGUGCCAGGAUAUUGCAUCGAGAGCUGAGAGUGCCUACAAAGAUAUGGAAAUGUGGAUGGGAGCAAGAUUCCUGGCAGAAAUGGCAAGCGUGGAGCAACUCAUCCAUAUUGCUCGUCACCAUAUUGAAACGGGCACCAAAAUAAAGUAUCAGCUUGUCCUGGAGAAUACAGAUUUCUACAUUAAUUCAGAUGUACAAGUGGUGCCCGAUCCUCCGCCACCUUCUCGCCCUCCUGCAGUAGAGAUAUCAGCCAAUGCGACACUGACUGUCGCUCAGCUCCACAGAUUAUACCAGCAGUUUGCUCAGAUCGCUCCUGAAGGACUAAUAUCCAAUAAAACGUUUAUCGAUAUUCUCCUGGAUAUUACAUCAGCGAGACUUGGAAACGAUGCCCUCCCUGAUUCGUGGAUGCAGCUUACACUUCCAGAGAUAAAAGAAAUGACAUCUGAAUUAUCUCAGAACUCUGAUGUGGUAAACUGGCGCCUAUUCCUGCUGUCAGCAUCUCUGCCAUGGCCGUACCCCUCCGUAACGCAGCUUCUCAGCACUCUGCAGAGCUUCAAGGCUGUGGAUCAUAAUGGCUGCGGCACACUAACCCACGAAGGUUUCAGUCAGGCUGAGCUGUGGUUUCAUGGAAAUGCAGAGGAACCUGUCCCUGAAAAUCCCACAGAGCCUUUGCCAUUUAACAGACCGGCCCAUCUAAUAAAGUAUUUCUUUGACUUGUUUGCUGACCCCCGGGGAAUCCCCCCCCAGCUGAAUUACACAGAGAUGCUGCUGUAUUUUGCCUCACACCCCGACCCUAUGGAAGGCUUCUAUCGGGCGCUGAGUGUUACGGCGGGGAAGCCUAUUCUGAAGGCACCAGGAAAUAAUGUUUUGCUUGAGUCUCUCCCAGCAAUGGAGGCCAUUCAGCAGAUGAAAGAACCAAUCAGCAGCAAUGACACAGUGGGGACACGAGGCUUGGGAAAGGCAGCGGUCACAUUACAUGAAGUGGUGAGAGUGCUGCAGCACGCUGCUGGGACGGGUGAAGAUAACCAUAGGUUUUGCCUGGAAGAAAAUGGCAGGAACAAUAUUUAUAAGAGCCUCGGGCAGAUAUUUGCGGAGCUGGGCACCGAGCAGCAGGAAUGUGUAGCUGUCGCAGCUCUUAUGAGCCACCCUGCAUUCCAAGACCUUCUCAGCAACUGUCACAUCUACAAAUUCCCAGAUAUUCAUAGAAUUCUAAACAAGCUGAAAGCCCCCCAGGCGAGUGAUGGAGAGACUUUGCUGCCUGUGAGUUCAAGAUGAGAAUAUCUGACUGCAAAACUAGACCCUUCUGUACAUUCUCAUCUGUCACACUAUGAACUGUUACGUCUUAUGCACAAAACACGAAAUCUGGAACAAAUUUGCUUAUUUUAGAGUCAUUUUGUAAAAGUGAAACAAAACUUAUUAAUAAUUAUUUAUCCUUGCACUUUU